GGAGAGCCCUGUGUCCGUGUGUGCCGGGGAUGAGUCCGUAGCCUCCCACUUUGCCUUGGUCACAGCAUACGAGGACAUCAAGAAGAGGCUGAGAGACACGGAGAGAGAGAACACACUGCUGAGGAAGAGAGUCAAACAACUGGAAGAUAAGCUGUUCAGGCCUGAAGCUCCUUCCAAGAGGGAGAAGAGUGAGUCUGAGAGGCUCCUGAAUGAGCAGCUGCAGGCCAAAGAGAUGGAGCUGCUGCAGUUAAAGACUGAGAUGGAGACCAGUCAAGGUGACAGGAUCAACAGUGACCUGAAGAUGGCUACGCCGGCAGGAGGAGUUGAGAUGAUGACUCUGGAGAAGAACCGACUGCAGGGACACUGUGGG